AUGUGGUCAGACUAUCUGUCGGAGUUCGCCGGUCUCCAUGAAGAGGCCGAGCGCAUCCUCGCAGGUGACAAGAAGAGUUCAGACAGUCUCGAAGUCAGGCAGCAGAAACUCGACGUUCUGAUGAAGAAAAUGAAACGAUGCUUUUCUUCGCUUGAGAUGAACGUUCGCUCUCUGCAGCCCCGCGAGCGGCAGCCUCUCGAAGCUUCGCUGGCGAACUGUCGUCGUCAGUUCCAGGACAUUGAAAGGAGGGCUCUUCUCUUGGGAGGAAGCAGCAGAGGUACUGGGCAGUCGAGUGCUAUGAGGACUCGACAAGCCACCCUCGAGAAGCUGAAAAAAGGUAGCAGUCAGCUGGAGGAGAGCCUCCGGCUAGCUGCGGAGACAGAGAGCGUGGGAGAGUCCGCUCUCUGUUCGCUGAUGCUCGCCGUUUUUGUUUCGCUGUAG